AUCAUGUCAACCGUCGAUCUCACUCCACUUCUGAUUCUUCUUCAUCUUUCUUACUUAAUCGUUUUACGUUGCUCUCGAAGUGAAGGAGUACCCCUGCUACACUUGAGGCGGAAGUUCAGGCAGUGAUCGGAAACCUUGGCAAUGAUUACACCAAUAGCAGUAGCAUUUGCAGUGUGUCUUCUUGGAUGGGUUUAUCAAGCACUGAAACCUUCACCUCCAAAGAUAUGUGGAUCAGAAAAUGGCCCUCCAGUGACUUCACCUAGAAUAAAGCUUAAUGAUGGGAGGCAUUUGGCCUACAGAGAAUUUGGAGUUCCCAAGGAAGAGGCACAAUACAAAAUCAUUAUGUGUCAUGGCUACAAUAGCUCCAAAGAUAUGUUCUUACCUGCCUCCCAAGAAUUUAUAGAUGAGCUCAAGAUAUGUAUAGUGUUAUAUGACAGAGCUGGUUAUGGAGAGAGUGACCCAUAUCCAGCACGUUCGGUGAAGUCUGAAGCAUUUGACAUUCAAGAAUUAGCUGACAAAUUGCACCUUGGCACAAAAUUUUAUGUAAUUGGAUGUUCAAUGGGAGCAUGCGGUAUUUGGAGCUGUCUAAAAUUCAUUCCACACAGACUUUUAGGAGCUUCCCUAGUGGUUCCUUUUGGGAAUUUCUGGUGGCCUUCAGUUCCUUCUGCUUUAUCACUACGGGCUUUUAGGAAGCUUCCUCGAUCUUACCAACAAACAUUUCAGAUUGCACAUUACACACCUUGGUUAUACCACUGGUGGAAGACACAGAAAUGGUCCCCUACCUUGGGGGUUGAUGGCAUGUUCUGUGAUUCAGAUGCAGAGAUAUUAAAGAGACUGUCCGGAGGCUUAAACCAUAACCCGGAAAAAGUGACGCAACAAGGUGAAGAUGAAUCACUUAACCGAGACAUACUGACUAUAUUGGGAGAGAAAUGGGAGUUUGAUCCCAUCACCGAUGUGAGCAAUCCAUUCCCUGACAACAGUGGCUCUGUUCAUCUUUGGCAAGGUUAUGAAGACCGUGUCGUUGCUUAUGAGUUUAAUCGUUUUAUAGCAGAGAAACUUCCAUGGAUUCAGUAUCAUGAAGUUCCUGACGGUGGCCAUCUAAUGAUUCAUGAUGCUGAAAAAUUUGAGGCUAUAAUAAGGGCACUUUUGGCCAGAUAAGUUCAUCCUUAUCGGGUGAGGCUGCCAUUGUGUAAUGUACUGUUGUAUUGUAUUAGUUUCAUUAUAUCCACGAAAAAUUUCCAUUCAGUAGUGGGAACGAACUGAUCCUUCUGGCUGAAUGGCAAUUCAUUUUGCUGCUGCUGCUUGUGUUAUGUAGCUGGACUCAGCUUAGAACAGCUUUGUUAAGGUGAUAGAUCAUAUCCAAAAUCAAAUCUAUAGCUUUUAUUUAUGUUGUUUAGCAAUAAUUGACUUCUAUUUCAAUUGAUUGAA